CGGGGCCUGGUUGCGCGGCGGCGUGGGGCGAGCCGUUGAUUCCAUGCAUUUGGUAACAUCUUAGGAAAACUCACAAUUUAAUGAUUUUUAAAGUCUAUUGAAGAAUAUACAAUUAGGAAAAAAUGGAUGAAGAACCUGAAAGAACGAAGAGAUGGGAAGGAGGCUAUGAAAGAACAUGGGAAAUCCUUAAAGAAGAUGAAUCGGGAUCACUUAAAGCUACAAUUGAAGACAUUCUCUUCAAAGCAAAGAGAAAAAGAGUAUUUGUGCACCAUGGGCAAGUUCGACUUGGAAUGAUGCGCCAUCUUUAUGUGGUAGUAGAUGGAUCAAGAACAAUGGAAGACCAAGAUUUAAAGCCAAAUAGACUGACAUGUACUCUGAAGUUGUUGGAAUACUUUGUAGAGGAAUAUUUUGAUCAAAAUCCUAUUAGCCAGAUUGGGAUAAUUGUAACAAAGAGUAAACGAGCUGAAAAACUGACGGAACUCUCAGGUAAUCCAAGGAAGCAUAUAAUGUCUUUGAAGAAAGCAGUGGAUAUGACUUGCCACGGAGAACCAUCUCUUUAUAACUCCUUAAGCAUGGCUAUGCAGACCUUGAAACAUAUGCCUGGACAUACAAGUAGAGAAGUUCUAAUCAUCUUCAGCAGCCUUACAACUUGUGACCCAUCUAAUAUCUAUGAUCUCAUAAAGACCCUAAAGGCAACUAAAAUCAGAGUAUCAAUUAUUGGAUUGUCUGCAGAAGUUCGGGUUUGCACUGUACUUGCUCGUGAAACUGGUGGAACAUACCAUGUUAUUUUAGAUGAAAGCCAUUAUAAGGAGUUGCUAACACAUCAUGUUAGUCCUCCUCCUGCAAGCUCGAGUUCCGAAUGCUCACUUAUUCGUAUGGGAUUUCCUCAGCACACCAUUGCCUCUCUGUCUGAUCAAGAUGCCAAACCCUCUUUCAGCAUGGCGCAUUUGGACAGCAGCUCUGAGCCGGGACUUACCUUGGGAGGCUACUUCUGCCCCCAGUGUCGGGCAAAGUACUGCGAGCUUCCAGUUGAAUGUAAAAUCUGUGGCCUCACACUGGUAUCCGCUCCUCAUUUGGCUCGGUCUUACCAUCACUUAUUUCCCUUGGAUGCUUUUCAAGAAACUCCCCUCGAAGAACAUAAUGGAGAAAGAUUUUGCUUUGGAUGUCAGGGGGAGCUGAAAGACCAACAUGUCUACCUCUGCACUGUGUGCCGGAAUGUUUUCUGUGCAGACUGUGAUAUUUUUGUUCACGAUUCUCUCCAUUGCUGUCCUGGAUGUAUUCAUAAGGUUCCAACAUCCUCAGGUAUUUGACCCCAGCAUCUUGGACACAUUGUGUGUGUGUGUUUAAAAGAAAUGCGCGAACUAUAAAUAAAAUGAUCCUUUAGGAGAACCUGCAAUUAGAAUGAAGAAUAGUUUGAAAGGAGAAUCUGAUUUAAGAAACUUUUUUCUAAGGAAAUAAAUUACUGAAUUUCAAAAUGUUCUGUCCUUUCCCAGAAAUGCCUGGAACUCAGUAACACUUCCAAGUCAUUAAUCAGUAUUGUGUUUAAUUAUCAUAUAAUGAUUAAAUUGAUGUGAUCAGGGGCUGGAGCAAUAGUACAGUGGGUAGGGCACUUGCGUUGCAUGUGGUUGGCCCAGGUUCAAUCCCUGCAUCCCAUAUGGUUCCCUUACCCCUGCCAGGAGUAAUUCUUGAGUACUAAGCCAGAAAUAACCUCUGAGCAUCUCAUAGUGUGGCCCAAAAACAAAAUAAAUGAACAAAAGAUUAAAUUGAUGUGAUUAAUUUAUCACUUUAAAAUUCAGGUAAGGGCAGGAAUGAUAGUACCAACAGUUAGGGCAGUUGCCUUGCACACAGUUGCUUUGACCUGGGUUCGAUCCCUAAUACCCUUUUUGUCCCCUGAGCUCCACCAGGAGUGAUCCCUGAGCUCAGAACCAAGAGUAAGCCCUGAGCACUCCCAGGUAUAGCCCAAAAACCAAAACAAAACAAAAAAAUUAUUUUUAGUUUAAAAAAAAUAGAAAAUUGGGGGCCAGAGAAAUAGUACAGCAGGUAGGGCACUUGCCUUUCAUGUGGCCAGCCCAGGUUUAAUCUUUGGCAACCCAUAUGGGUUCCCUGAGCACUGUUAAGAAGUGAAGACUGAGUGCAGAGCCAGGAGUUACUUCUGAGCACUGCUGGCUGUGGUCCAAAAAACAAAAACAAAAUCAAGUAAGUUCAGAUCUUGGAGAUUUAUUUUUAGUUGAAAAAGAAAAUUAAGUCUAGAACCAGAGAGAUAAUACAAAAGUGAAGGCCUUGCAGACAACUCUGGCUGUGGCCGUGGUUCAUGUCUUAUCACUGUAUAUAGUAUCCUGAGCCCUGGAAAAAAAAAGUAUAAAUUCAGUGUAAGGUGUAAAAUAAUACAUUAGAAAGUAUAUAUUGCAAUCCCAACAAAUCCCUUUGGCUAAAUGACCAGAAUAUUAAUUAUAAAAUUAUUUGUAGCUAUGCCCGGCGGGUCCCCCCCCAGGUUUGUUUUAUGUACUCAGUUGGGGGUCUGCACCCAGUAGUGCUCAGGGAGCACCACCAGCUCCGUGCUGGGGCCACUGCUGGUGGUGCUUAGGGGACCGAGCAGUGCCCAGGUGGAGCCCAGGCUUCCGGCAUGCAGAGCAUGUACUUAGGCUGCUUGAGCCAUCUCCGGCGGUUCUCAGUUUAAAUGCUCAAGUUCAGAAGGUGACCGGGGCCUACACCUGGCUGUAGUUUCCUGGGAGGGCUGUUGGACAGGACCAGUGGGGGUCCUGGUAAGCGCCGGGCCACCCUCCUUAGCUCUCAAGGGUCUUUCAGUGGUUCACCAGCAAAGAGCAGGUGUGGGGCCACAAGAUCCCCCAUAGCCUGCAGGAAAGGUAAGUUCUGUCUCCUGUAACAAUUUAGGUCCUAAGGAACCCAGAUACUUUGCUAGGUGAAAAUAUUUUCUCCCCAUUGCAUCGCCAAGGAUCGAACCCAGGGCUCAUGCAUGCCAGGCCUUCCUUUACCAGGAACCACAUCCCUGGUCCUGGACACAUUUGCUUUCUAGGUAACCAGGUCACCACUGCCCGCCUUCCUCCUGCUCUGGCAACAGCGUAUUAGUGGCUUGGCCCAGGCACCUUGCUGUGAAAGGCUCUACGUGGUCCCCCUGAGUCGGUGCUAGUAGGAACGCACCUUUACUGUCUUUGGGCUACUCUGUCUCUGUGCUUUGGAGUUUCUUUGGGUGCCUUGUUUUUGGGCGGCCACACCCGCUGUGCUGGGGAAAUGACUCUUGUUGUGUGCUCAAGGGGUGCUCCUGGCUGAGCUCAGGGACCAUGAGGUGCCAGGGACUGGACUGGCCAUGUAGCAUGGAAAGCCAGUGUUCUGUCCACUGAGCCUGCUCUGGCCCAACUUUUGGGUUUCAUUUGCAUGCUUGUAAGAGGUCUAAGUAAAUCUAUUUUGUUAUGCGUAGGGAGGAAUUUCUUUUUCUCACUAGUAUAGAGAAAAUCCUGAUUUGUUCAAGACUGUAGAAACAGAAAUGGUCAUCUAAGACUAUAGUUCUUGCCUUUAAUGUCUCUCUUGAAGAACCACAAUAUGAUGCAAAUGUGAAGGCAACUCUAACAUUCUAGAUCUUUCUGAUAGUGUGUGUGAGUCCUGUUGUUUGAUUUACUUGAGAACUCCUUUAUACUUAAAGUCAUUAUGAAAAUGAUUGUGAUUCUUUUGAAUGUAUAUAUGUAUAGUUUUUAACCCCUUAUUUUUAUUUGGCUUAAUGGUCUGCCAUCUAACUAAAAUUUUCACUUAUAUUUCAUGUAUAUUUGGGUUUAAACCUAUGAGAAGUGAUUAGCUGAGAAGCAUGUGAGCUCUGUAUUUAAGUGCCACUGUGUGACCCCUGCCCUCCCAAUGCCCAAGUUUAUGUCAUAUUCAAAACCCUGACAUAACAGAAUGGUGAGGGGGGACAGAGCCUCCGCUGCCCACAAUUCAGGUAAAAAGAAGAACUGGUGAAAGAAGAACUUGGUAAGAUUUUGUAACGUCCUCCUGCUGGGGUCCUGUCCAUGUAUGGAGAUAGAGCGGUCACUUGUGACAGGCCAACCCUCAGAAGGAGUGUCAUUGGCCCCAGGGCUCAGGAGAAAAAGGAAGUUGGAAAAAGGAAAUAGGAAAUUGCCAUGCUUCUGGGACAUGGCUUUAGGAUGGUUCUCUGACUUCGUUUAGGUCAAUGGUUCUGUAAGCAUCAAUACUUGUUUUUCUUUCCACCUUCUCUAAUCCUGUACAUGAGUAUAUUUUGUAUAUGUACCGAGAAUUUCUUUCUUUUCCUCUUCUUUGUUGCGGGGGAUUGAACCCAGGACCUCACAUGUGCAAGGUGUGUGUUUUACUUGCUUAGCUACCUCCCUGCCCUGCACUUAGAACCUUAAGG